UCGCUUCCUCUUCAACCUCGCGUUCUUUUUGUUGCUUGGCGAAACGAAACGGCUUUGGAGGACUCCAGGUGUGCCCCUCAGCUCGUGAUCGCAUCCCCAUCCCCAUCCCCGCCUCGCUCGCGCGGGGCGGAGACCGCGGGGUGGCCGGAGAAGAGGAUGGCCGCCGCUCAUUUCACGCUCAACACCGGCGCCCGCGUCCCCUCCGUGGGCCUCGGCACCUACAAGGCCGCCCCGGGGGUCAUCACCGACGUGCUCAGCGCCGCCGUCAAGGCAGGGUACCGGCACAUCGACUGCGCGCCGCUGUACCAUAAUGAGAAGGAGAUUGGCGUUGCUCUGAAGAGGCUCUUCGACGAUGGCGUGGUCAGGCGAGAGGACCUCUUCAUCACUUCCAAGAUAUGGUGCAGCGAUCUCGCACCCGAAGACGUUCCGCUCGCAAUCGACAGCACACUGAAAGAUCUGCAGCUGGAUUAUGUGGAUCUAUACCUAAUACAUUGGCCAUUCCAGGUCAAGAAAGGCACCGAAAUAAGCCCCGAGAACUUUGUCCACCCUGACAUACCCAAGACCUGGCAAGCGAUGGAGCAGCUGUACGAUUCAGGCAAGGCUCGUGCCAUCGGCGUGAGCAAUUUUUCCUCCAAGAAGCUAGGUGAUCUGCUUGCCAUUGCCCGUGUCCCUCCGGCCGUUGAUCAGGUCGAGUGCCACCUUGGCUGGCAACAGGCGAAGCUGAGGGCGUUUUGCCACUCCAAUGGGGUUCAUCUAUCAGCGUAUGCGCCCUUGGGCAGGAUGAAAGAUGUCGCGAGUAACCCGGUGGUGACAUCAGUAGCCGAGAGCCUGGGGAAAACUCCGGCGCAGAUCGCUCUGAGCUGGGGUCUUCAGCAGGGUCAGAGUGUGCUUCCCAAGAGUGCUAAUGAGUCGAGGUUGAAGGAGAACAUUGCUCUGUUUGACUGGUCUAUUCCUGAAGAACUGUGCGCCAAGCUUUCUGAAAUAAAACAGGUUAAGCAAAUCAGAGGGGAUUCGUUUGUGCACCCUCAGAGCAUUUACAAAACCUACGAAGAGCUCUUCGACGGAGAGAUUUGAAAGGAGACAUCAGAAUUUGGAUGCACCACUAGAGUGUUGGGAACUGAUAAUAGCAACCAGCCGAGGAACAAAUUUGACAAUUAUGUUUUUGCUCUACUGUAAGAUAAUCACAAGUAAGAAAUGAUGAGGAUACAUCGAAGGCUAAUAAUAAUAAUUUCCUCCA